UAUAUUCCAGAUGAAUGUGGAAUAUUCGACACACUACAUCCGAUUUACCGUACAUCUACAGGUCAUUGUAAUAACCUGAUGCACCCUCAAUGGGGAGCUGCAGGGGUCCCUUUCGAGAGACACUAUCGACCAUCGUACCAAGAUGGUACAACUACACCCAGACUUGAAGCUAAGAGUGGUAACCCCCUGCCCAGUCCACGAACAGUCAGUACCAAGUUCCACAUCUAUGAUCCAGCCAUUCCAAAAGACAUACAAUGGCCCGUAAUGUUCAUGCAGUGGGGUCAGUUUCUAGAUCAUGACAUCACAGCCACGCCUGUUGAUGACGAUGGAACUGCGACUUGUUGUACAGACAGUGUUAAAAAUGGAGCACUACACGCCGAUGUUCACAAUGGGGGACCUUGUUUUCCUAUUCCAAUACCAGAAGAUGACGCAUAUUUCGGACCUAAAGGCGUCACGUGCAUGGAAUUUAGACGAUCUUUCAAUAUCUCUAACGAUCCCCGACAACAGCAGAACGUCAUCACAGCUUUUGUUGAUGGAUCUCAAGUUUAUGGUAGCUCACCAGAAGAACAGGCAGCUCUAAGAUCUGGUGUUAAUGGUCAGCUGAAAGUCUCUGAUGGUAAUAAUUUACCAGAAGAUGUUGAUGCAUACUGUACCAAAGUUCUAGACUCGGACUACUGUUUUCUAGCAGGUGAUGAUAGAGUGAACGUGAUCCCAGGCUUAGCAGCUCUACAUACAGCUUUCCUUCGCUUCCACAACCAGAUAGCUUCCAGGAUUGCUGACACCAGGCAUUGGUCAGACGAAGAGAUCUUCCAGGAAACUAGAAAAAUUGUUGCCGCAGUUCUUCAACAUAUAACAUAUAGCGAAUAUUUACCGGAAGUACUGGGUCCAGAAGGAGCACGACAAUAUCAGCUUGAUGACGUAGAUUAUCAUCAUGAUCCGUUUUUGAACCCUGGUAUAUACAACUCCUUUGCUGCAGCUGCGUAUAGAUUUGGACAUUCGACCAUCGUCAACAGUUUCGUUAUUGAUAAUAUUGAAAUAGCUACUGAAGACCUUUACUUCAGACCAUAUUAUGUUUUACACAAGUUAAAGUCUCUAGUGGAAUUCUUGAUUAGCAAUCUGUCUGAACUGCGGGACAGGUAUUUUGUGGACGCCAUUACCAAUAAGUUAUUUUUGACACCGACUGGAAGUUUUGAUCUGGUUUCACGAAAUAUCCAGCGAGGUAGAGAUCAUGGUCUACCCACCUAUAAUGACGCUAGAGAGCACAUCUGUGGUUUAAACAGAAUAGAAAGUUUUCAGAGUCCUGUAUUCAGAAACUACGGAGAUAAACUAGCAGAGAUCUACGAGAGUGUCGAUGACAUUGAUCUAUAUACUGGAGGCGUGGCGGAAGAAUCUAUCCAUACUGGAACUCUUGGGCCAACUUUCAGUUGUAUUGUAGGAAAACAAUUUCACAAUUUAAAAUUUGGUGACAGUUUCUGGUAUGAGACGAAGGAUCAUCGAAGAGGAUUUACACCAGACCAGGUUGACGAGAUUAAGAAGAUAACUCUAUCGAGGGUUUUAUGUAAUACGAUCGCUGAUUUCGACAGUAUUCAACCACGUGUGAUGGUGCCAAAUAAUUUUCCUGGCAAUGCACCCAGAUCCUGUUCGGAAAUAGGUGAUUUUAAUCUGGAUCUGUUGAUUAAUCCGGUUCCUGGACACCAACAAGCGGAAGCCAGACCAACACAAGGGACUGUACACAUUCGUCGACCAUACCGAUUAAACCAAGGUUCAAGGAAACCGAUGGGAAAUCGAUAGAAUUCAGCUCAGUACUCAAUACGACCACGAAAUUUAUAGCUCUCAAUUAAUGAAUUAAUUAAUUAGUUAAUAAA